AUGUUGACCUCUUCCAUCUGCACCACAGGCAAGCGCAAGCCUAAACAGCGUCGACAGCACGGCGCAGAGGCAGGGUUCGCGUCGGCGCAGUGGCUGCUGUUGGUGCUGGUAUUGUGUGGACUGGGUGGCUGGGCGCUAAUGGGUGAAAUCCUUGAGGUCGACAACGUUUGCCCCUCCACAUUAUUCAACAGCAGCGACAGCGGCAAGGCCAUCCCACACUUUGCCACGCCGUUUCGGCCGCCCCGGAGCAAUGAUUCUGAUCGCCACGACAAGUUCCGCAACACCACGUCGCACGUGUACAUCUCUUUGACGCUGAUACCAGCGGCUGGCAUGACCCUCGUCAUCUCCACGCUCAUCACCAUUUGGAGACGCUUGGCGUCCUUGGAGACUGCCGCCGGUGAAACUGCCGGAGAGGGAGACGGAGCUGAUGGAGCUGACAGGAAACCCAGUGGCUCGCCCACCAACACACCAGCUCCGGCAAAAAGCAACGAACGGUGCGCUCCCUUGCAAGGUGACCUGAGCAGUGACCCAAGCACCAAUCACCAACGGCUCAAUCAAGGCAUGGCAACCCCCACAAGCCAUCGCCAGCGUUGUGAUUGCUGCUGCCUUGUUCCAUGUCGAGCGGCUUCAACAACAUCGUCCCUGAGCAUGGACAAGGAGAAUGGGGUCGCUGGUGCAUGGAAGCGCGCGCUCACAAAGGCUGUGGCUUUUGGAAAAGGUUUCCUGAGUAUGAUGACGUGGGUGUACACCGGCCGCGACAACGCGCGCAAAGCGAGCUUGCCGCAGUGGCUGCUGUUUGCGUGCCUGCUUGGUGCUCUGUACACCUUAGUCACGUUUAUGGCGAGCACGUACCCAUUCGAAGAUGAGCAGCCCGAGGUUCUACUCACGAUCGCUGUGGUGAGUGGUGUGUGCAUUGUCACCACUGCGUUUGCUGGCACGCUUCAGCAGCUGCACGUCAGCUUCCGGCAGCGAUACCACUUUGAGAGUGCCCCGGACAGGGACACCGCCUUGGCGCGCCUGGUGACCUCCAGCACAACCAUUUUGAUUGUGCAGCUGUUCCUGUGGUGCUUCAUGCUGUCGUACGCCUACGCAACGCUGCCAUGCUUGCCACGAUGGACAAAGAAGAAAGGUGGCAUAAGUGACGAUGCGCGGUACACGUUUGGCCUCCUCAGUCUGCGCUUCUGGGGCACCGUCAACCUUUCCUUCCAUUUGCUCUUCACGUUUGUGUGGUGGCUGGUGGAGGUGAGCGCCGGCCACACGUCUGUGCAGCGGCUUCUGCGCCUGAGCGCUUCACCAACGUCCGUCACCACCGGCCUCAUCAUCCUGCUCAACACGGUGAUUGUUGGCGGCUGCUUCUCCAUGGUGUUCUCGCCGCAACCGAGCAUACUGUUUGAGGACAAACCCCAGCGCAACGUUACGCCACUUCUGGCUGGACCCCUGACAUAUAUGUUUUAUCCGCUGUGGGCUGUGACGUUCCUUUUGACGUUUGGGUCCGCCAUCCUCGCCGCGCUCGUGCCUGGCUUCAACAAGGACGGCGAGGGCUUCGCCGUCUUCAUCAGCUACCGGCACGGCGCAGAUGACAACCUUGCUGGGGUUCUCUACACGGGCAUCACGUUUCAAUCCCGCGAGUACCUGAGUGAGACGCAAUCCCUGCGCGUGUUUCUGGAUGUGGCCAAGCUCAAGGGCGGGGAGGACUGGAUGGAAGGCUUCCUGCAAGCGCUGACAACAUCGAAAGUGUACGUGCCCAUCUUCUCCUGGUGGAGGCUUUCCGAAUCCAUGGCGGCAGAAGGAGAAGCAGCACCGCCCGAGUGCGUUGGGGGAUCGCUCGGAACGCUGGGAGGCACCGGCCGUGACCAAGACAACUUCUUGCUGGAGCUCAUCGUCGCGUAUGAGCUGCUGGAGCAGGGACACCUCGCUGCCGUUGUUCCCAUCUUGUCUGGUGGCAUCAGCGGCACCGACUCUUACUACUGUGACAUGCUGGGCAGCACCGGUCCAAAACCGGGCGGCAGUGCCGAGGUUGAGCUGUGUUUGAGCGACGAUCCCUUGGAAAAAACCAACGCAACAGCAAUGCAGGUGCUCAACAACAUCCCCGGCAUGCGGCAGUUUGAGACAGCCCCGAGCUACUGGACGCCGCGGCAGAUUGUGCGCAGGUUGCUGGACAAGGCGACGCAUGGCUUUGUCAUGCGUGCAGGCGAAGAACCACGGAUCUUACACGAGGACGCCGUGACAGUGAUCUUGGACGCAUACCGUGAACUGGACGUUCGAACGCCAGGCGAAGAUACUUCUCACAAACAAUGA